AUGCGUUUGCAAAAACAAGGAACAACCAUCGAAGCGGCAAAAAUCUUGAUUAUGCUAGCACAAAUGUGGUUUGGUGCCAUUGGCCAAGGCAGAAAAUCUUUCAACUAUCACCCAUGCUGGGAGGUGGUGAAAAAUUGUUCGAGAUUCAAAAUUAUUCUCACGAGUCCGACCGUUGUGUUGAAUGAGACACCGCUCUAUGAUUCAAUGACAUCAGAUGCGCCUUUGGAUUCCCCGAUGAGUCAAGACUUACCAAUCCAAAAGGAGCUGAGGCUUAUUGGGAGAAAGGUAGCGAAAGCCAAGAGAGGGAGUACUUCCACCAAUGAUACAGCAAAACAUUUGGAGCAAAUUGCUCUGAACAGCACCAUGAAAAUUGGGAGAGACAUGAAAGAGAAAUGGAGUAUAUACGCAAACAAGACAUGGAGAAGAAGGAUCGAGAAACCAUGGUCAUGGAUACAAGCCAUAUCUUCUCAUGGUCCUAUCUUCUGA